UGCUGUCUGAGAGAUGACUAGAUGAAGAGGUUGUGAUGUGUUGAUGCUUCUCUGUUGGCAAGAUGUCGGCCCACGAUCAGUUGGUGCUGUGUUUAUGUGAAUUAACCAGGUUGCUGUGGUUGUUGUUAUUACCGCUGGGGUUUCUCUGCGUGUUGCUGAUUGCUGUCCUGGUCCUUCUGGUUCUGGCAGUACGUUUCUGGCUGCAGAGCAUCAGGAAUGCCCGGCGGGCAAGGGAUGGUCAUCCCACUGUGGCCUUUUUCCAUCCUUACUGCAAUGCUGGUGGAGGAGGAGAGAGGGUGCUUUGGUGUGCCAUCAGGGCACUACAGAACAGGUAUGCAGACAUCAACUUUGUGGUGUACACAGGGGACCUUGGCGUGACGGGUCAGCAGAUUCUGGAGGGAGCCAGACGUCGGUUUAACAUUGUGUUGCCCCGGCCGGUUCAGUUUGUGUUCCUGAGGCACCGGGUACUUGUGGAGCCCAACCUGUUUCCACACUUCACCCUGCUGGGACAGAGUGUGGGUUCCAUCAUCCUGGGAUGGGAGGCGUUGACAGAGUUUGUUCCUGACCUUUACAUUGACUCCAUGGGGUAUGCUUUCACCUUGCCCCUGUUUCGCUACCUGGGAGGCUGCAGUGUGGGAAGCUACGUUCAUUAUCCCACCAUCAGCACAGACAUGCUCUCUGUAGUGAGGGAGAGGAACCCCAGGUUCAACAACCCAGACUUCAUCUCUAACAGUCUCUUCCUGAGUGCUUUUAAGGUCGUCUACUACUGCCUUUUUGCCCUGCUUUACGGCAUGGCUGGCUCCUGCAGCGACCUCAUCAUGGUCAACUCCUCCUGGACCCUCAAUCAUAUCCUCUCACUGUGGCGCUCGCCUAACCGCACCAGUGUGGUUUACCCGCCCUGCGAUGUAAGUGCCUUCUUGGACAUCCCGCUGGAAGAAGACGGGGACAAGAAGUGCCACUCGAUUGUUUCCAUUGGGCAGUUCCGGCCAGAGAAGGACCACCGGCUCCAGAUUAGAGCCUUCAAGAAGGUGUUGGAUAGGAGGAGGGAGGGGUUGAAGCUGGUUCUGAUUGGUGGUUGCAGAAACCAAGAAGAUGAGGAUAGGGUGCUGAUGUUGAGGGGGUUGUGCCAGGAGUUGGGUGUGGGAGAAAAGGUGGAGUUUAAGUUAAACGUACCUUUUGAUGAACUGAAGAGAGAGAUGGGAGAAGCCACCAUCGGACUCCAUACCAUGUGGAAUGAACACUUCGGAAUAGGUGUUGUGGAGUGUAUGGCAGCAGGGAAGGUAAUACUGGCCCACAAGUCUGGAGGUCCCAAACUGGACAUUGUCAUACCUUUUGAGGGAGGUCAGACUGGAUUCCUGGCUGACGAUGAGGACAGUUACGCUGCGGCCAUCGAGCACAUCCUAUCCCUGUCCCCGGCCAGCCGGUUACAGAUUAGACGCAAUGCUCGCCAGUCAGUGGCGCGCUUUUCUGAUCAAGAAUUUGAAGCCUGCUUCCUGGCCGCCAUGGAGCCUCUGAUGGGAACACUUGAGCGAUGAGAGAAGCUACUUUUAUGUGUUGCUAAUGUGAUAUGUGACACUUCCAGGACUGAUGAGAGAACAUUAGCCUAUGGUCAUGACAAGGCUCUGGAGUUAAUGCAGCUGUGGUAUUGUGUGUAGAGUUUAAAUUUUUUUAGGAUGCAUUCCUUUGUCAAUAGUGAAAGUUUUGUUCAAAUAAUGUGUAUUCAAUGGGGAACAAACAAGCCUUUGUUUAAUAUAGUUCUAAAUAUACUGUAAAAAGGGGACUAAAGAUGCUAAAAUUCUCUAUUUGCCCAAACUGUGAAGUAUUUUUGAUAAUGAGAAUGUAAUAAAAAAUACAAGAAGCA